AUGUCCGACAAGAAGAAGCGGGGCAGUGACGACAAGAUCGCAAACACUCACCGCAACGAGGCCAAUUCCUCCCCAAGUACCAAUGAACGCCCGGAAAGUCCUUCUCUAGCUACUCGAAUCCAAAACUCAGCUUCGGGCCUUGCAAAGAAUGUUUUUUCCGCUCCUGGCUCGUCCGCAGAUUCCGCUCAACUGCUGGCUGGCAGCAGUAAGGCCGGCCACUCAUCGUCACACUCGGCGCUAGCAGCAGCCCAGCAUUACACAGAAAGUUCUACUACUUCUGCCUCUCCCUCGACUGGGAAUUCUUCACUACCUGCCCCUGCUGAAGCAUUUCGCUCAGCUACCACCGUGCAACAGGGAGGGUUCCAGCUCCCUCCACUCUCGGAAGAUGAAUUCCAACGCACUUACGGCGCGGAAUCCCUGGUCGGAAACAAUGACAGCUUCAUUGCAGGUCUAAACGCGGACGAAUCUACGGGCAAAGGGAAAGGGAAAGGGAGAGAUACUGCAACGGAUUUGCUCUCCGGCGACUAUACUAAUCCAGUUUCAACCGAACAAAGGUUCCAACCCGACCGACCCUCUCUCCUCCCAUCCGACGGUGACGCAGUCGUAUCCCUCCUCUCUGAUCAGAGCUUCGAUCCCGAAUUCCCUCCCACGGCCGACGAGCCCGCCGACAUAGUCGAAACAGAGCUGCUUCCAAUGCAACUCACACCCGAAGAAAAGGAAAUGAUCGAGUCCUUCCGUCGUCUUACACCCCCAACAUCGUCCACAGCGCUGCCCUCACACGACAAUAAUACAUUGACAUCCCACAGUCUGGUCCCAGACAUUGGCGAAUUCCUAGACACCGUUCCAUCACAAGGCCAUUCAGACGUAGCCACCCUGCGGGAAACCGUCCUGACCGGUCUCCCGGGCGCAGCGGACUGGCUUAGUGUCGAGGACCGAUACCAUGACGAGGUCUGGGGCUACCUUCGCCCUACGCUAGAGGCUGCGGCCAAGGAAAUGGAAUCCAAUAAGGACUCCGGAAGCACGGAAGAGGGGCCUGCCGUGCGACGUCUGAAGAUGAUCUUGAGGCACAUGCAGCAAUGA